AUGGUCCAGAAGGAGAACCCUGUCUCCUCACCUUCAGCGGUCUGGUGGGUUAUGUGCACUGCGGUGCAGCCGUUGGCAGAACUCUGCAACAUGGCCAUGGUUAUCCUUCAAUCUCGAGAUAUGAUCAUUUGGCAGAUGAACGAGAUCAAGAACCAGAUUAUGUAUAUGAUGACGACCAUGAAUAUCGAAACGAUUCAGGCCAACGAAGCAUAUACCCCUGUCCUGAUAGCGGACACCCGAUUCCAUGACAGGAGCAAAUACUGGAUUCGGCAGCGGAUCGUUCAAGAGCACAUUUCUGAUCAGGGAUCGUGGGCACGUUAUUUGUUCAACUCCGAGCGGGAUUACCACAACAAUGUGGAGGACAUCGCGCCACCUGUCUUGCCGCAGCAGCUAGUGAUGUUGUGGACGGGUGACACUUUUGCCGAAGUGCUCGAUGUUUUUUACCAUGGCCACGUUGGCUUGUACUGGAAUGCAGACGAUGUCGACCAAAUCGAAACUGACCAGAGCGGUUUACAAAAGACCUACAACCAUGAACUAACUACCAAGGCACUGAUUGAAGGCCACUACAUCAACAAAAACUUUUCUGUCGCCUGA